AUGGAAAACGACUUGAAGGAAGAACUGAAUAGAAGAAUGAGAGCAGCAUGGGUAGCAUUCGUAGCCGUCAGGGAAGCUACGGACCAACUGACGGACCAAGAUCUUCGUGCCCAUCUGUUCGACUCGACAGUUCUUCCAACGCUCUGUUACGCAGCGGAGACGUGGGCAGCCACCGCGGCCACGUCUAGGAAGCUACUUACUACCCACAGAGCCCUUGAGAGAUGUCUCCUGAAGUUUAACCGGCGCACACAACACCUUGCCGGUCUUCGUAGCUCCGACUUAAGAGGAAUGUCCCGUCUUCCCUAUCCAGCGGAAUAUGUAUCGAAAACAAAACAUAGAUGGGCCGGUCACACCAUGAGAAGAAUCGACGACAGAUGGACUAAAAGAACGCUAGAGUGGAUCCCAAGAGAUGCUAAACGCCCUCGAGGGAGAGCGCCAACGAGAUGGUGUGACGUGUUCGCUAUACAGAUGGACCAGCUGAGAGCUCAGCUGGAUACGGCUCAAGGAUAUCGUCAACGUCACUCACGAAACUUGAGAACAUCUUGGAUGUUCUCAAGUUUCGUGAGUGACGAAACGAGGGAGAAAACGAAUGGGGCCCAUACCUCCAGUGGAGACGGGCCAUCUAAGUAUCUAAGUAUGUAA